UACAUAACUACUGCAAGCUAUCUAGUCUUAUGAAGUUGAACUCCAAGUGUGAUUUACUCAGUACAGCCUAAAAUCAUGAUGAAAAAGAUGAGCAUACCUACAAGCAAAACUUCCUUGGUCCUCUUUCUGUGCCAAAUUAUUUCUGCACUGGAUGUACCUCUUGACUUGUCACAACCUCCUACGAUAACUCAGCAAUCUCCAAAAGAUUACAUUGUUGACCCUCGAGAGAAUAUUGUAAUACAGUGUGAAGCCAAAGGAAAGCCACCUCCUAGCUUCUCCUGGACGCGCAAUGGAACUCAUUUUGAUAUAGAUAAAGAUGCACAGGUAACAAUGAAACCAAAUUCAGGGACUCUUGUCAUAAAUAUUAUGAAUGGUGGGAAGGCAGAAGCAUAUGAAGGAGUUUACCAAUGUACAGCGAGGAAUGAACGAGGAGCAGCCAUUUCCAACAAUAUCGUUAUAAGGCCUUCUAGAUCGCCUUUGUGGACAAAAGAGAAACUGGAACCAAAUCAUGUUCGCGAAGGUGAUUCACUAGUACUGCACUGCAGACCUCCUGUUGGCUUACCACCACCUAUCAUAUUUUGGAUGGAUAAUGCUUUCCAAAGGCUGCCUCAAAGCGAAAGAGUUUCCCAAGGUCUAAAUGGAGAUCUUUAUUUUUCUAAUGUACAACCAGAAGACACCCGGGAGGACUAUAUCUGCUACGCAAGAUUUAAUCAUACGCAAACUAUACAGCAGAAACAACCCAUAUCUGUAAAAGUCUUUUCAAUGGAUUCAUUGAAUGACACUAUAGCUGCUAAUUUGAGUGACACUGAUAUUUAUGGUGCAAAGCCAGUUACAGAGAGGCAGCCAGUUCUUCUAACACCAACAGGUAGCACAAGUACCAAAGUGGAACUCAGAGGAAAUGUGCUUUUGUUGGAGUGCAUCGCAGCAGGAUUGCCCACACCGGUAAUCCGCUGGAUCAAAGAGGGCGGGGAACUGCCAGCUAACAGAACAUUUUUUGAAAACUUUAAGAAAACUCUCAAGAUUAUAGAUGUUUCAGAAGCUGACUCUGGGAACUACAAAUGUAUAGCAAGAAAUACAUUAGGUUCAGCUCAUCAUGUCAUUUCAGUAACUGUGAAAGCUGCUCCAUACUGGAUAACAGCACCCAGAAACUUGGUCUUGUCUCCUGGAGAAGAUGGAACAUUGAUCUGCAGAGCUAAUGGCAACCCAAAGCCUAGUAUAAGCUGGUUAGCAAAUGGUGUUCCCAUAGCAAUUGCCCCAGAAGAUCCUAGCAGAAAGGUGGAUGGUGACACCAUUAUUUUCUCACACGUGCAAGAAAGGUCAAGUGCCGUCUAUCAGUGCAAUGCUUCUAAUGAAUACGGAUACUUGCUAUCAAAUGCAUUUGUGAAUGUUCUGGCUGAGCCACCAAGAAUUCUAACUCCUGCUAAUAAACUGUAUCAAGUCAUUGCAGACAGUCCUGCAUUGCUAGACUGUGCUUAUUUUGGGUCACCUAAGCCUGAAAUUGAAUGGUUUAAGGGAGUGAAGGGUAGCAUCUUGCGUGGAAAUGAGUACGUUUUCCAUGAUAAUGGAACCUUGGAAAUUCCAGUGGCUCAGAAGAAUAGUGCUGGUACAUACACAUGUGUAGCAAGGAAUGAAUUAGGAAAGAUACAAAAUGAGGUGCAGUUGGAAAUUAAAGAUCCAACAAUGAUCAUUAAACAGCCAGAGUACAAAGUGAUUCAGAGAUAUGGCCAGGUUUCUUUUGAGUGUAUAAUAAAACAUGAUUCUACCUUGCUACCAACAGUUACGUGGUUGAAGGACAAUGAUGAACUGCCAGAUGAUGAUAGGUUUCUAGUUGGUAAAGACAACUUGACCAUUAUGAAUGUAACUGAUAAAGAUGAUGGAACAUACACUUGCAUAGUUAAUACUACUCUGGACAGUGUUUCAGCAAGUGCUGUGCUCACUGUUGUUGCUCGGCCAAAUCCACCCUUUGACUUGGAAUUGACAGGUCAGCUAGAAAGAAGCAUUGAUCUCUCAUGGAUACCAGGAGAUGAAAACAACAGUCCCAUUACAAACUUUGUAAUUGAAUAUGAAGAUGCGCUGCAUGAACCAGGAGUAUGGCAUUACCAGACGGAAGUCCCUGGCACUCAGACAACGGUGCAGUUGAAGUUGUCUCCGUAUGUCAACUACUCAUUCCGUGUGAUAGCCGUCAAUAAGAUUGGCAGGAGUCAGCCCAGUGAGCCAUCUGAGCAGUACCUGACAAAAUCUGCAAGCCCUGAUGAAAAUCCUGCAAAUGUACAGGGGAUAGGCUCAGAACCUGAUAAUUUGGUAAUAACAUGGGAGCCUUUAAAAGGUUUUCAGUCUAACGGACCAGGGCUUCAGUACAAAGUCAGCUGGCGCCAGAAAGAUGUUGAUGAUGAAUGGACAUCUGUUAUAGUUGCAAAUGUAUCUAAAUAUAUUGUGUCUGGUACACCAACUUUUGUUCCAUAUGAAAUAAAAGUGCAAGCUUUAAAUGACUUGGGGUAUGCACCAGAGCCAUCAGAGGUGAUUGGACAUUCAGGGGAAGACUUGCCAAUGGUUGCUCCAGGCAAUGUGCAGGUUCAUGUUAUUAACAGCACAUUAGCAAAGGUGUACUGGGACCCAGUUCCACUAAAAACUGUCCGAGGACACCUUCAAGGGUAUAAAGUUUACUACUGGAAAGUGCAGAGUCUAUCCAGAAGGAGUAGACGACACGUAGAAAAAAAGAUCUUGACUUUCAGGGGAAACAAGACUUUUGGAAUGUUACCAGGGCUAGAGCCCUAUAGUUCUUACAAGCUGAACGUUAGAGUUGUUAACGGUAAAGGAGAAGGACCAGCAAGCCCAGACAAAGUAUUUAAGACCCCUGAAGGAGUUCCUAGCUCACCUUCAUUUCUGAAGAUUACUAACCCAACACUGGACUCACUGACUCUGGAGUGGGGUUCACCCACCCAUCCAAAUGGUGUUUUGACAUCCUAUACACUGAAGUUUCAACCAAUCAACAACACACAUGAAUUGGGUCCCUUGGUAGAGAUAAGAAUUCCUGCCAACGAGAGCAGCUUGAUAUUAAAAAAUUUAAAUUACAGCACCCGGUACAAGUUUUACUUCAACGCACAAACUUCAGUUGGAUCAGGAAGUCAGAUAACUGAGGAAGCAGUUACAAUUAUGGAUGAAGCAAUGGCAAGUCGGCAAGUAGACAUCGCUACUCAAGGAUGGUUCAUUGGUCUUAUGUGUGCUGUUGCUCUUCUGAUCUUGAUUUUACUGAUUGUUUGCUUCAUAAGGAGGAAUAAGGGUGGCAAGUAUCCAGUGAAGGAAAAAGAGGAUGCACAUGCUGAUCCAGAAAUACAACCUAUGAAGGAAGAUGAUGGAACGUUUGGUGAAUACAGCGAUGCAGAGGACCAUAAACCUCUAAAAAAAGGAAGCCGGACACCUUCAGACAGAACUGUGAAAAAAGAAGACAGUGAUGAUAGUUUAGUUGACUAUGGAGAAGGUGUAAAUGGUCAGUUCAAUGAGGAUGGCUCCUUUAUUGGACAAUAUAGUGGUAAAAAAGAGAAAGAACCUGCAGAAGGAAAUGAAAGCUCUGAGGCUCCUUCUCCUGUAAAUGCCAUGAAUUCAUUUGUGUAACCACAGAACUCGAUCCCCUUGUAUCUUCAGUUUGCUUAAAGCACUUGUGCAUCCUCCUUCUCAUACUAUGAACACACAGGUAAUGGAGCUCCUCACCACCAGAAGUUAAUGCUAUGAGAAUAUGCAGGUUAAUAUCAGUAUACAGCAUAAUGACACAGUAAGUGGUAUGUUACUAUGAAUCAAAAUAGAAAAUUCAAAUUUUGUUCAAAACUUGGCUGUUUUGACUUUUUUUUUUAAAGGAACUGACGCAAACAGUAACAGCAACUUGUAAUUUUGUUUCCUGUUGAAAAUACAAUAUAAUGCAUGGAAAAAAAACCCCUACACAACUCACAGGAAAUCUUGUGUACACUAUAAAAACAUGGUUUGACAAUUUGUUAUGCAGUCCUCAGCUGAAUCCCUGGAUAUGAAUUCCGUUCUCAUUGUCAGAGUGUUAUAGUAGUAUUAUAUAGAACUUCAAUGUCUUUGUGGACAUUGUUGUGAAAUUGGUGACUUAAUGUCUAGCUAUCAUAUGUCUUUUUGUAAGACAGUUAGGAACAGUAUGUACAGUAUAUAAUUGCUAAAUGAUUUAAGUAUGACACUUGCAUUUGCUGAAGCUUAAUGAGACCCUAUUAUCUGCUCUCUGCUCCUAUUACUUUAUAACCUUUUUAAUCUACCAAGUAUUGCAGCAGUACAGUAUUCUAUUUUUACAUCAAAACACAUUGAAUUGAUUUUAGGGCAUAAAAAUAUGCAUUGCAAUGCAUUUUGGAAUUUGUACAGUCACUGAAAGAAAAACUUUAAAAAUGAGGGAAAAUAUUCUGGAAAACACAGGGCAAAGUACAUUCAGUGCCUUUAUACAAUAUGCAUUCCAUAAUGCGCUGUACUACUAAAGCAGUUGGUGCAGUAAACUGUGAUUAGCAGACUACUGUCAUUGCCAAAUAAAGGAAAAAUGUGAAGAAAAAGAAGUGUUAUGAAACUGUUGUGCUAAAAAUGGAAAGUUUAAAAUAUUUUAAACUACAUAAAGAGGAGUAUGAUUUUUUUCCCUUUACAAAAAGCUUUCUACAAAGUUACAGCACAACAUGUUUUCAUGGCCUUAGAAUACUUAAAACAAAAAUGAAAACAAACAAACAAAAAUCCCAAACCACAACCAGAAUUAAAUUAUUUACUAACACAGCAAGGUACAAGCUCUUGUAAAAUAAAUCAUUAAAAACCCAAACCAGCUGACUCCAUUGGUGAGAGCACAUUUCUCUCUGUGUCCCAGUCUGAUCAGUGUGGCAACUUUGUAAUUAUCUCCAGCCUGAAGCAGUGUGGGGGUUACUGCUCAGAACCACAGCAUUCCAUCUGACAAGUGCUAAUAGGGUUUAUUGGUAAAGGAUUACCCUUAUCGGUUAAAAAAUUAUUUUCUCGCAUACUAUAUCAAUCAAAUGUUUACCUCCAAAUAUAAAUUUUUAUAACAACCUAUGGUUGAAGGAAUGCUCAGUUUCAUUUGCCAAUAAAUUGGUUUUUCAUAACUUGCAUCAAGUUUAAUUUUAAGUAAGCUUUUUAUAUGUAGAUAUUUUGUUGAAUUUGUAAAUACACUUAAAGCGUAGAUGCUAUAUGCUUCUAGGUGUUACAGACAAAUAAACCAAGAAAGCUUAUGUUGUACUGUGUAAGAAGUACUAUAGCCAAUGGUGUGCAUGGUAUUUUAAAGCAUCUACUUCAUUCUUUUUGUUUGUUUUUGCUGUGAGAACAAAAUAGUGAUCUGCUCAUUUAUUACAGUUUCCAACUAAACCAUUCAGAGCUUUUGCCAGUGCACUACAUUAGCCCACAGGACACCUUGCAGCUUUCAUGUAUAUAUUGUAGGUAAAGCACAACUGAAGUAAUUCCAAAUGUAACCCAGCUGUAAUAAGCUUCUUUCGCACCUUUGAGCUUUCCAUUGGUCAGUUUUUUUAAUGGGAACCGAAAUACGAAAUGAAUUAUAUGAACAUUGAUUACAAAGCACAAAGAGAACAUUUCUUAACAGGAUUUGCCAAUGGUUUUGGUAAAAAUUAAAUAUCAUUUUACUCUUAUUUAAUUGUAGAUGCUGAAUUAUCUGUGCAUGUGGGGGUAAACAUACAGGCUCACUUCUGUAAUAGUGCAACAGAUUUUGUAUUAAAAAUAAAUGUGGUUUUAAAAUUUCA